CGGGGGGGGGGGGGGGCGCGGCGCAGUGGAGCCCCGCGCUCGUCGUCGUCGUCGUCGUCGUCGCCGGCGGCGGACGCCGCUCCGGCCCGCCCCGUACGGGAGUGAAGGCGCCGGGCUCCGGCGCUGGGCUCUGCUGCUGUUGCUCCCGCCGCCGCAGCAGCAGCAGGAGGAGGAGGAGGAGGAUGAUGGAGCCGGGCAAGGAGCCCCGGGUGGCCGCGGGGGGGAAGCCCGGCGACCCUGAGCCGGCGGUGUCCUUCCAGGCCCGGCUGUGGAAGAACCUGCAGCUGGGGGGCAAGGGCCGGAGCGGCGGCGGCGGCGGCGGCGGGCGGGCGGCAGCCGAGCGCCGCACUGCGGGCCCCCCCGCCCCGCCGGCGGCCAGCGGCAAGGGAGUCCUACCGCCCGGCGCCAAGUGGAGCGGGUUCAAGCGGCGGAGGCAAGUGCUGGACCGCGUCUUCUCGUCCUCCCAGCCCAACCUCUGCUGCUCGGCCGCCGAGCCCCUGGAACCGGGCGGCGAGUCCGGCUCCGCCCUGCGCCGCCUGCGGGAGCACCUGCUCCCCCAGGGCAAGGGGCCGCCGCCCGGCCGCCGAGAGGACCCCGCCGCCGGGGAUGAGGGGCCCAAAGGCGGGAAGGAGGGGCGCCGGCCCGGGGCGCACCUGUCCCACCAGAAGAGCUCCUCGCUGCCCAGCACCGCCUGCCUGGAGCAGCUGCUGCAGGGCUCGCCCACCGCCGGCAGGAGGAAGGAGCAGCGGGCGGAGGACGGCGACGGCAGCGCGAGAACAAAUUUGGUUGGAACAAGUAAUGCAGAUUUUCCCUCUGGGGAUCCCGGAAUGUACCAGUUGGACAUUACUCUAAGGAGAGGACAGAAUCUAGCAGCACGGGACCGUGGAGGAACUAGUGAUCCAUACGUCAAGUUCAAACUUGGAGGAAAAGAAGUAUUUAGAAGUAAAACAAUACACAAGAACCUCAAUCCUGUGUGGGAGGAAAAAGCUUGCAUUCUUAUAGAUAACCCGAGAGAGCCAUUGUACCUAAAGGUCUUUGACUAUGACUUUGGACUUCAGGAUGACUUUAUUGGUUCGGCAUUUUUGGAUCUCACUUCAUUGGAAUUAAACAAGCAAACAGAUGUUACCUUGAGUCUGAAGGAUCCUCAUUACCCUGACCAUGAUCUGGGAAGUAUAUUGUUAUCAGUUCUGUUGGCUCCUAGAGAAGAACAGCGAGAAGUGACAAUGCUAAUGAGGAAGAGUUGGAAAAGAUCAAGUAAGUUUCAGACCCAGAGCUUACGUCUCUCAGACCUGCACAGAAAAUCUCAGCUGUGGAGAGGAAUAGUUAGCAUUACCUUAAUAGAAGGUCGUGAACUUAAGGCGAUGGAUGCAAAUGGACUCAGUGAUCCUUAUGUGAAGUUCAGAUUGGGGCAUCAGAAGUACAAGAGCAAGAUUGUGCCAAAAACUUUGAAUCCUCAGUGGAGGGAGCAGUUUGACUUUCAUCUCUAUGAAGAACGAGGUGGAAUUAUUGAUAUUACCGUGUGGGACAAAGAUGCUGGCAAAAAGGAUGAUUUUAUUGGCAGGUGCCAGGUUGACCUGUCGACCCUGAGUAAAGAGCAAACCCACAAGUUGGAGAUGCCACUGGAGGAGGGAGAGGGCUGCCUGGUGUUGCUGGUCACUCUCACAGCCUCAGCUGCGGUCACUAUCUCUGACCUCUCCGUCAACUCCCUGGAGGACCAGAAGGAGCGAGAGGAGAUACUGAAGAGAUAUCGUCCAAUGAUGAUGUUCCAUAACCUGAAGGAUGUGGGAUUUCUUCAGGUGAAGGUCAUCAGGGCAGAAGCAUUGAUGGCAGCUGAUGUCACAGGUAAAAGUGACCCAUUUUGUGUAGUUGAAUUGAACAAUGACAGACUGCUGACCCAUACCGUUUACAAGAACCUCAAUCCAGAAUGGAACAAAAUCUUCACAUUCAAUAUUAAAGACAUCCACUCGGUGCUUGAAGUGACAGUUUAUGACGAAGACCGCGAUCGGAGUGCUGACUUUCUAGGCAAAGUUGCUAUACCAUUGCUGUCUAUUCAAAAUGGUGAACAGAAAGCCUACGUCUUGAAAAACAAGGAGCUGACAGGGCCAACAAAGGGGGUCAUCUAUCUUGAAAUAGAUGUGAUUUUUAAUGCUGUGAAAGCCAGCAUACGAACCUUAAUGCCCAAAGAACAGAAGUACAUUGAAGAGGAAGACAGACUGUCUAAACAGCUACUCUUAAGAAACUUUAUCCGGAUGAAGCGUUGUAUCAUGGUGCUCAUAAAUGCCGCCUACUACAUUAGCAGUUGCUUUGACUGGGAUUCCCCCCCAAGAAGUCUCGCUGCUUUUUUGCUUUUUCUUUUUGUGGUCUGGAACUUUGAGCUCUACAUGAUACCACUGGCUUUGUUGUUGCUGCUGGCAUGGAACUACUUCUUGAUCGUAUCAGGGAAAGAUAACAGGCAACAUGAUACGGUAGUGGAGGACAUGCUAGAGGACGAGGAAGAAGAGGAUGACAGAGAUGACAAGGACAGUGAAAAAAAAGGAUUUAUGAACAGACUUUAUGCCAUCCAGGAGGUGUGUGUCAGUGUCCAGAAUAUCCUUGGUGAAGUGGCUUCCUUCGGAGAAAGGAUCAAGAAUACAUUCAACUGGACUGUCCCCUUCCUGAGCUGGCUGGCAAUUGUUGCCCUCUCCGUGUUCACCAUCAUCCUGUAUUUCAUUCCACUGAGAUACAUUGUCCUUGUCUGGGGCAUCAAUAAAUUUACAAAGAAGCUUCGAAGUCCGUAUGCAAUUGAUAACAAUGAGCUACUUGACUUUCUGUCCAGAGUUCCUUCAGAUGUGCAAGUGGUGCAAUACCAUGAACUGAAACAAGAUCCCAGUCACAGCCCGAGCAAGAGGAAGAAAAACAAUCCUGGCUAGCUAACUUCACGUGUUGAGGAGACUAGCAUCUGCUGGGGGAAGAUAAAAAAAAAAGCCUACAGCCUAAGCAGCGUUUCCUUUCUCUAAGCUUUUUAUUUAUUUUGCCUUUUUAUCUAAUGGGGAGAUUUUGUAAAUAUUGUAAAAAGGCAUUUCUCAUUGAAGAUAUAUUUCACACUGUAAAGACACAUUUGACGAAGGUUUCAAGUAGAGUUUUUGCUGUUUGAAAGCCUUGUUAGAAACAGCAUAACACAUUAAAGGAAUCAAUCUAAAAUGGUAAAUAUGCACUGCUACUUGAUGGUCAAAGAUACCUGAAAUACUCAAAUCAUGCCGACUAAAUCUACAAAAGGUGUAAAUUUAAAUCUGACUCAAAAAUUCAGUCAGAUUUUAUUUGUGAGCAUUAAUAUUUUUAUCCAGUAAGUCACCAUUACAAUUUUCUAUGUUUUAUACAUUUCAAGAGAAAUACAAUGUAGUGGAGCCUACUGCACUUAAGUUUUAGCAGAUUUUUUUGAACUCCAGACCCUGAUGUUAACUCCUGGUGCAACGUUUUCCUGUGCAGUAGGGCUGCUUAUAAGACAAUGAGAAACACCAAGUGCAAAUCUCUUCCUGGAGCUCCCAAAAGAAGUUCCUGCCGUUUUUAUCAUUCCAUUAUAAGACCUAAAAAUCUCUGUCUCUCUCAAAAUACUGCCAGGUUUGUAACUGAUUGCCUAUCUGAUUUUUCUAUAUGUACCCAGUAAUCUUCAUUUGUACUACAUAGUUUAGUGAAUGAAGUUCAUAGUUCUGCUGUAAUGGAAAUACUAUCAAACUAAGUCCAUGUUGCUUUGGGUGUUAUGCUAUGAACACCUUUUGUGCACAUAACUAUUUUAAUAUGGAAAUCUUGCAGAAAAUGUUUUUGCUUUCAAAUCACAAGAUCAUAUUAAUACGCUUUAUGAUAUAACACGUUACCUGUUACCAAUGUGAAAUAUAGUGUAGAGGAAAAAAUGCAGUUGUGGUAAAACUGAUAUACCGGUUUUAUUUCCUUAGCUAAUAAUGUAGUCAGUUCUUCUGAUACGAUUGUGCCCUACUGCAUGGAAACUGCAUUAUUUUAUAAAUUACAUGGAACAUAGAUGAGAAACGUUUACAUUUCAAAUGUCUUAGUGGCCACUGCAUAACGAGUACUUGGGGAUAUAUUCUGAUAGCUGCAUGUAGACUUCCACGCUCAGCUCCCCGCGUAGUGAGCAGAGAUUUCAUUCCUAAGGGACUACCUGUGCACAGCUCUUAGUCGUAGCUCCCGGUGACGUUAAAGGGGAUUUUUGCCCAGGGGAGAACGGCAGGACUGCAUCCUCGAGAGGAGCUGUUCCUGCGGUCCUCUCUGGGUUACCUCUCAUUGGUUGCAAUUGCUGAUAAAGUUAUAUUGCACUACUCUAACAAUACUUUUUCAAAAUACUAUUUAGAAAAACUUUGCAAGCAAAUGUAUAUAUAUUUGUCUAAAGAAUUAUAUGUUAGCUGCAUUGCUCAUGAAAGACCAUCCUAGAUUUGUUUAUUUUACAGAUACGUUGAUAGCUGGUUUCUGAUGUGAUGGUUAUUUUGAUCUUUCUGUCUGUAUGUUUGAAAGAAUGCCGAUCAAAUGACCAUUCUGCAGAAAGUCUUGGACCUAAAUAUGCUCUUGUUACAUCAUGACUUUAAAACAAUUUAUUUGCGAAGCCUGUGUAACCACCUUUUCCCCAUAUGCUGCCUGAAGAGCAACAUACUAUUGAUGAAGUCAGAAUCACGGAUGAGCCUAUUUUGUUUAAAAAACCAAACUUUUGACUUGACAGUGUGCGAAUGUUUGUUGCCAGUUGUCAGUUUUGCAGCGUACUUUGAUACACUGCAAGCCUUGUACCUUCAUAAUGUUGCCCAUCGGUCUGCGUGUGAUUUCCUGUUGUGUUUUUUUCCUGUACUCAAAUUUCAAAUGUCUGCUUUGGUGGUAAUGUCUGAAUUAGUUAGUUAUACACAUUUACAGCAUUAAACACAGUUUUAAGCAUCUCUCUACUAGGUAUUAGGAAGCCUCUUUCUUUGAAGUCCUAUGCUAUCGUUUUCCCAUGAGUGGUGUGGAGGGCAAGUGAAUGAAAACAUCAUAUUUCUGUGUGCAGGAUUUCAGUAUUUUAAGCCCCAAAACAUGCAAGUGGAGGGGGCAGGGGGAGAAAAACAUCUGUUUGAUGAAAAUUAGUGAACUACUUUUAAUGUCUCAAUCACUCAAAAUUGAUCUCACUGAAAAUAUAAUGCACAGAGGCAAGGCUAAGAAUGCAUGUCAAUUAAAUAUGAUUCUUCUGCCUCAACAGGACAUUUUAAAAUCAGAUUUUAAAAUGGUUUGUCAGUGAACCCAGAGCAUUUACUCUGCUUUGUGUGGGAGGCCUCUGUAGAGAAUCAGUCCUGCCCUAUGCUGUAAAUAUUUCAACAUAUCUUCCAUUUCCAGAUUGGUUCUGAAGUAAAUUUCUAACCUCUUAGAUUUGCCAGGUUUUAUUCCUAAGCAACUUGUAAUUCAUAAAAAAAUCAUGAAAGAAUAAUUCAUCUCAUGGUCAUGAUCAUGAUCUUCCUGCUCUUGGAAAAUAAAAUUUAACAAACAACUUUAUUUGGGUCUAGUGAAAAUAAGUAACUUAAUUGGGGUCCACACUUAAAGUAGGUGUCAAAGCGCUGAGGAUCCAUCAAGGCUAAUUGUCUGAGAGGUCCUAGUUACAUUUCUGCUGAUAACUCACAGUACAGAGCUUGCUUACCCUAGUUUUACAGCUGUUUCUCUUUGUAAUAUGGAACAGCUCAGUGCUUUUCAUAAUAGCAAUGAGCUUUAACUUGAAGAGCUACUGUACUGUAACUUAGCAUUUUAAAUCCCAGUGGAAUAAAACCCAGGUUUUUUCUAUUGCAAUAAAAACAACAGUGGAAUAAUGAGAAAGUAAUUAAACAGGCUGCGUACAGUGUAUCUGCUAAUGUGUGCCCUAAGAGCAUAGGCUCUACCAACAAGAGGAAGAGCUUCUGGACCUGCCAGCAAAUGUACUACAUGAUGCUGAAGUAUUUCAUUCUAGGAUAGCCCAAGAGCACAAAGCAAAGGAGAGGAAGGAAAAAUUACUUCUCUCAUCAGCACUAGAUUGCAUACCUGCCACAGGAAACAUAAUAAAACCUUUGCAGCUCUCUGCCCACCAGCCAGGGAUCCCUACCUCACGGGAGAAGGGCAGCUUCUACCUGUGCCUCCUGUCUUUGCUCAGCUGCAGGAGUCUUGCUGACAGCCAGGCACAAACUUCUUUUCAUUUCUGAGCCGCCUUCUCUUUUGAGGACAAACUUUUUCCUCCCAACUGGGCUAAUUUCCAGAUUGCUGUACAGCUGCUUCUAUUAAAGGCAGCUCAUCUCCCCACCGCCCCACCAAAACCGGUAUUGCAAAUUUUCAAUAAAUACCUCCUCCUCCAGAAUUUUUCUGAAAUCUUGCAAAAGUGAAUUUUUACAUCAGGCACAGUUGCAAUUAUAGCUAUUUUCAGUGUGGAACACCGGAUCUCCAUUGCUUUCUGCCUAAUUAAGGUAUAGCGUAAAAGGAGUGUAGCUUCAUAUGCUCAAAGGGGAAAUUAAACUAUUCCUAGAUAAAAUGCAAACUUACUUUAGACAUCAACUUUGAAAAAUGAAAAGGCUUUAACAAAGCAUGCUGUUCUCUACUCUCUCACUUAGAGAAUUGGGUGAAAGGCAACUGGUUGAAAGGGUCAUGCAAUUGGUGAAUCAGUUAAGGGCGAAGCAGAAGGAAUGAGGAUGAGAAGUAUCCUGGAGAAGGGCAUUUAGACCCAGAAAGAGACGUUCACAAGGGCUCACCUCGAGGCAGUGCUCUCCCUCUGCACUUGGUAGAGAAAGAAAAGAGCCUUCAUACCAGAAGACUAGUGUAGCUGUUCUAAACCACCUUUAGCUCUCUAUAUUUCUCCACAUCGCAAAUAUGGCGAGCUGCUUCGAUUGGCCUUUGUUGUGAAUACUACGCCACUUCCCUUAAGAGCAGCCUCUCUCUCAGGAAAAGGAAAAAAAGUUACAUAGCACACCUGCUGCCAGCCAUGGAAGAUGUGAACACGCGUAGGUCAGAUCAGGAGGUUAGAUGCUUCUUGCUGCAAGAGGCAUUAGAAGUUUUCUGCUUCUUUCAUGCCAUAGUAAUCAAUCAAGGGUUGCUCCUCAUAAACUAAGGAUUUUAGAUCUUAAAAAAAAAUAAUCCAUAAGCUAUCAUUGUGCAAAAAAUGAAAUAAUCUUAAACUAUCCAUUGCACAGGGCAUUGUACUUUCAGAUCAUUUCUUUUUUCUAUGUAUGAAUUUAAUGCUCAAACAAAGUCAGAUUUAGCCGUACUUCAAACUGGACAAAUUUCCCAUCGAUGAAUCUUGAGUGUCCAACUUAAAUUUCUGGAAUUUUGAAGCUGAGUUCUUUUACCAAAGGGGCCAAAAAGAGUAUAACCAUGUUUUUCUCCUCAUCAGCCUUAGUACUGAAUGAAAUUUAAAUGUCAAAAUCUUUUGUGGCUCAGGUUGCACAAUAUAGAAGCCUGAAACCCUUAGUUAUGAGUCAUACAGUAAUAAAUGUUUUCCCAGUUUAAUAUAAUCAAAAGAAACUCAAAACUGCUUUUCUCACUCAACUUUUACUGAAAUUGGAGCAGAUGAUUACAGGAAAGCCUAAAAUGUUGAUUGUUGAUACAGAUUUUGAUUAAAGAGUGUUGAUUAAUA